AUGGGAGACGCGGAGGUGGACUUUUGGACACCGACCAUCGAGGCCUUCAAGCCACUGCAGUUAAACGGGCCGGACCUCACACCGAAGCUUUUAAAAAGGCCACCCUUUCGUUUUAUUGCAGAUAUAGUGACAUCCAUCAACGCUCGCUUUGCCGCGUACGACCAUGUUUUUUCCCCUGAACAGCUUGACGUGACGAAAAUCGACAGCAAAGAAAAGAAGGUGGAGUACUUGACGACGCUGGUGAAGUACGUGGGAUUUCUCCUUGGAAGAAAAAUUGAUGUCAAUGUAAAGAAGAUAGUUUCAGGGAGUGAGCCCGAGAAGACAAAUGCAUUUCUUCAGUGUCUUGCGCUUGCCGUAGGAUACGCGCAGCAGGAUAAGGCAAGAAGGGCAAAAAAAUCAUCGACUGAGGUGCAGGAACCGUCAAGGCCGACGACGGCGACAACAGCAACGGCGCCAGAAGCAUCAAAUACAGUCACGGAUUCCCUUCCUCAGCAUAAUAUGCCGAGACGCAUAUCAAAUUACGUGGAAAAAGCACAGAAAAAGGAGUUAUUGAUGCGUGAGGCCACGCAAUUCUUUAAUAAAUUGAGUGGCUACGGCUACCUCAAACUGGAUCAGGAGCAAUCUAUGAGGGAAGUUGGCCAAAGCAUUGUAGAAAUGUACAAUGAGCUCAAAAACAACACGACCGCAACUCAGCCGUCAUCCUUACCGUUGGAUGCUCUCGAAACUGCUAUAAAUCGCCAGAUUGAGGUUGUUCGACAGGUGUCUCUCCUGCAAGAAGAAAACGAUACGCUUUUGGAAAAGCUUGAAGUGCUGCUUUCUUCCUGA